GUCCGGCCUGAGACCCGUCCGGCCUGAGACCCGCUUGGGUCUGCUGACCCACGGCGGUGUCAGGCCGAAAGUCUCUCAUUUCUCUCUCUCCGUUGAAGCUCAAAAUCUUGUGUUUUUGUUUUAGACAAUUUUCGUGCAAUUUUUAUACUUUAGCUGAGGUGUCCUUCUUCUAUCGGAGGGCAAAAAAACUCAUGUUUUCUGCACGACCGAAUAGAAGAUAUUCCAAACAAACAAAUAAAAGGAAAAGAAAGAAACACCCACCGCGUGGCUGCGUCUCUCUUUCUUCCAUUGUUGUCUUGCGCAUAUCUUUCCCACCUUCAGUUAUCAAUCUCUCCCAAGGACGAAAGCACUCAAUUUAUGCUGCGCACAUAAAAUAAAGCACCCCCUGCGCCGCAAAGAUGGUGGUCGCCUCCAUUGCAAAGGGUUGCUAAACAAAGGACUGUGUUUGCUAAUAGAUCGAAAGGAGAAAGACUGAAAGGGCAUAGUCAAAUAAAGUAACCGAAACAAGAAUGUUUACCAAUGACCAGAGACAAGAAGAGCGAACGGGAAGAUAUGGGACUCCAAGGGUGCAAUACCUUCAAGAAUUGGUGAGUCAGUUUCAGAACUCUACUGAUGAAGAAACAAAAGAAAGAAUUGCUGCUAAUCUGGCAAACUUUGCAUAUGACCCUUACAAUUAUAAAUUCUUGCGCCAGCUCAAUGUUUUGGAACUUUUCCUUGACUGCAUAACAGAACCCAAUGAGAAGCUUGUGGAAUUUGGGCUUGGAGGGAUCUGCAAUUCCUGCGUAGAUCCAGCGAAUGCUGCAAUUGUCACUCAGUGUGGUGGGAUUCCUCUUAUCAUACAAUGUUUAUCAAGUCCGGUUAGAAACACUGUGAAUUAUGCGCUUGGUGCUCUUUAUUAUCUCUGUAACCCAUCUAAUAAGGGAGAGAUUUUAAAGCCAGAAGUGAUUGAUGUUAUCAAGAGGUAUGCUGCAGCUGAAGCGGUUAGUGUCAACUUUAGUAAUCUGGCCAAGGCAUUUUUGGACAAACAUGUGGGAACAAGUGAGUCUUAGAGGCCUGCUUUGUCGUCUAUGUUUAGGAGGCUUUUUAUUUUAUUUAUUUUAUUUUUAGGGGAAUAGUCCAUGUGAAAGAGUUUUGUAUUGUAUUUAGUGGUUAUGAUGGAAUUAUGUAGAAAAAGUUAUAGCUAAUCUUAUGAAUAGACUGACAACAGCUCAAUUCCUUCAAGAUAA